AUGCCGGACACACCAACUAAAAGACAGCCGUGUCCGACUGGCCUUAUGCCGGGCACACCAACUAAAAGACAGCCGUGUACGACUAGCCUUAUGCCGGGCACACCAACUAAAAGACAGCCGUGUACAACUGGCCUUAUGCCGGACACACCAACUAAAAGACAGCCUUGUACGACUGGCCUUAUGCCGUGCACACCAACUAAAAAACAGCCUUGUACGACUGGCCUUAUGCCGGGCACACCAACUAAAAGACAGCCUUGUACGACUGGCCUUAUGCCGGACACACCAACUAAAAGACAGCCGUGUACGACUGGCCUUAUGCCGGACACACCAACUAAAAGACAGCCUUGUACGACUGGCCUUAUGCCGGACACACCAACUAAAAGACAGCCUUGUACGACUGGCCUUAUGCCGGACACACCAACUAAAAGACAGCCGUGUACGACUGGCCUUAUGCACAGUUUACACGUGGCAACCAGAGUUUUUGGUCAGCGUUUGUUUACGUUCAAUUCAAUGGCCGGAGGUGACCUGAUCACAAUCGACUCAGUAAAUAGGUUUGGGCCCGCCUAA